AUGGCAUCUAUAAAAGUUGCUGAAGCUAUUCCGAUCGCAUAUUCAACUAUGUCCUCCACAAUGAUGCCAUUUCUAUAUCAAACCAGGACAAUUGCCAGCCUGCAUAAAUCCAUCUGCAAUAGGGGAUACCGAAACAGCACCCUGCCUUCGAUCCACAGAACAGGUCUUCAUACUUCCUUAUCCCGAGCUAGCUACGAACCACAAGACGGAACCUAUACUGGGGGUGAUACUGGUCCUCGAAUCAUUAGGAGAGCUCCUACGUCUAGGGGCAGCGACUUUAGUCGACAUAGACCUCGUCCAAGGAUGGCAUUUGAUGAGUACAAACUCAAUCUUGAGAAGAGUGAACUAGAAUCAGAAGGCAACAUUGCGGAAUCUGUGGUUAUUGGUUUCGAGGAUGACGACCAGUCAUUGAUAGAAUAUGGCACGGAAAUCGAUGCAUUGGCAAGUCCAAAUUAUCCGAAGCGCGAGUCUACCAUUACAGAUUCGGAGAGGCACACUUUCAAUCAAAUAUUUACAGAUAUUUUCAAGCGGACUCAAAUAACAUCUCUAUACGACGUUGAAGAUGACGGCACGCAAAUCCCACCCACCACGAAUAGGGAAAGUGCGCGGAACAAGCUUGAUAACAUAAUGGAACAUUCGCUGUCGAACAAACGGCAUCGGACCACGAAGGAACGGGAAGUCGAAAUCAAUAGAUACCCACCAGCUCUUCGUGCUGCAGCUGCUAGGGCGAUUGGUCUUACUCUAAAGGAGGAAGUAAAAACUGAAGUGGAGACCGUGGAACCAGAGCUUGACUCUCAGGCACAAUUGCGAGAACCUGAGCGUAUACGAGUGGAAGAAUUGCUGCGCAAUGCCAAUACAGAUUUUGAGCUCUGGGAUGUCCUCGAAAAAGAAGUAUUUCCCCUCAUUGCAAAAAUGGGUCUAGGAGAGACAAGAGAGAGCCGAGAUCAGCAAAGAAGAGGGAUAGAAGGGUCUGACAUUCUUCCUGUCAAAGAAGAUUCCACUACUGUAACCGAUGAUGAGCCUGAGAUUUCCCCUCUAGCUCUUUAUGGCCCUCUCUAUCCAUCACACCUCCUUCUUGGCUUACGUCUCCUCGACCGGGGUUUCAGUAGACCCUCUCAGCUAUCCGUCUCGAUUCUCCCGCGCAUUAAAUCCUUCGGCCUCCUCUCCCAUGUUCUUGGCGCCUCCACACCUCUCUAUAACGAGCUUCUACGCAUUUACUGGAUACGAUACGACGAUUACCGAACUUGUAUAGAUCUACUCAACGAGAUGGAACACGCAGGUCUGGACUUCGACUCAGAGACAUAUGAUAUUGUCACCGACAUCCUAAAAAUCAGGGCUCUCGUGUGGAAGGGAGAAGCAGGUCGAAAUAAAACAGCAUUAUGGUCUUUACCAGAGUUUAAAAGGUCUCGCCACCUCGAGUUUUGGCAGGAAAAAAUCGAAAGACUUUUAACAACGAAGAGGAUGAAAGAAAGGGUAUAG